AUGCCAACCGCGGGAGGUCUAUACUGGUGGACCCAUUAUUUUGCCGGCGAGAAAUACAAGAAUCCACUGAGCUUCUUGAUCGGAUACAGCAACACGCUCGGUCUUAUUGGUGGAAUCUGUUCGGUCGAUUAUACACUUGCGCUCAUGAUUCUUUCCUGUGUCUCAAUUUCCCGCGAUGAUGGAUGGUCCGCGUCACGAGGCGUGAUUUACGCCGUCUACGUGGGCUUGAUUCUCUUGCAUGGAAUCUGUGCUGCGUUUUCCGGUCGCAUUAUGCCCAAGAUUCAAACUGCGUGUAUCUAUAUCAAUGUCUCAUUGGUCAUCGCGACCGUGAUUGCCCUUCCGGUUGGAAAAGUCACACGUGGUGAAGUGCUCAAUCCUGGAAGCUAUGUUUUUCAACACGUCGACAAUGAGACUGGAUGGCCUACCGGUUGGGCAUUCAUGCUUGCAUGGCUCGCACCUAUCUGGUCUAUCGGCUCCUUUGAUUCCUGUGUGCAUAUGAGUGAAGAGGCGAUGCAUGCAGCCAAAGCAGUGCCCCUGGGGAUUAUCUGGUCGGCUGGUUCUGCAUGUAUUGUCGCGGCCUCUCGCCAGGCAUGGGCAUUUUCACGAGAUGGCGCCCUUCCAUUUUCGAACUUCUUUCGCUAUAUCAGCAAACGCAUUCACUACCAGCCUGUGCGAGUGAUUGGUGGAUUAGUGGUGAUAAGCCUCAUCCUGGGCCUCCUAUGUCUGAUCAACAAUGCUGCAACAAACGCUUUAUUCUCCCUCUUUGUCGCAAGCAAUUACUUGUCCUGGGGAACUCCAAUCUUCUGCCGUCUUGUCUGGGGCCAAGAACGGUUCUACCCAGGCGAGUUUUAUACCGGUCGUCUUAGCAAGCCCAUUGCGUGGAUUGCAGUUGUCUACCUCUUGUUCGGUGUUGUGCUCUCCAUGUUUCCAACCGGCGGUCCCAAUCCUUCGCCGGCGGAUAUGAAUUACACAGUUGUAAUAAAUGGGUUCGUGUGGGCUGGGUGUAUGGCUUACUAUUUCUUGUUUGCGCGACACUGGUUUGCUGGCCCACGCAUGACAGUCGACGAUAACAACUCUUCAAUUUCAGAGAUUGGCGCCUCCAAUUCAGUAGUCUCAAGCGGAGGGCCAACAUAUGCGAAGGAAGAGUGA